CCCAACCAGUCCAAGGUCCAGCCCUCCCCUUGCCGUCGUCUGGAGCUCGGCAUGUCUCGCGCUCGUCUUCUCGCGGCGCGGGCCUCGCCCGUCGCCGUCGCCGUCGCCCAGGCCGCCAAGGUCGCCGCCGCCUGCGCCACCGUCGGCGUCGUUGCGGAAACGGUGACCGCCAUCGCUGGCAACGUCACCGAGGCCGCGCAGAAGGUGCGGCGUGCUGCCGAGUCCGUGGGCACGGCUCUGCUCGAGACCGAGCAGGCCCUCCGUGCCGUCGUCGCUGUUCUGGUUCUUGUGGUGAUCGUCUGCACAGAUAUCUACCUGUGGGUCGCGUGGGUCGCGUCCAGGCUCGCCGACCGCGUGGUCUCCCUCUCCUCGCCGACCGCCCACUCCAUCCCGGCCACACGGCCAUUCGGUGAGUUCCACCGACUAGCUGUGCACGGAUACAUUCCUCUUCUCCCGUGCGGACAUGAAACUGACGCCUCCGAACAACGGAGCUGGCGGUCCUAGCCGAGAACCAGGGCCACCGCGUCCAACAUGCGCAGGCGAUGCGCCGCACGAACAGCGUCGGGAGCACGGAACACCGGGGUCGCUGAACCCCGUCCCUCCCCCAACAGCCCUCGUCGCCCCCUCCCCCGGCCAGAAUGUGUAGAUGACUAGGACAGAUUGAAGGUUACAAGUGAAGACGUUUCCCAAACGGAAGCUGAUGUCUGUGGUUUGUUGGAAUUUCCUUAUGCAUUGUUGAUUGGGUGAUUUGAGACAUGGUCGUUUGGAUCUGAUUCUCAUGCUAAGCUUUGAGACAUGACGUUUGCAUCCAAUGCCUUACAAUAUGGUUUCAUGGCUCCUGUUUUGCAUCACCGUAGUUCUGUACUGGAAGUUUCU